GAUGAAUAAUCUAGGUUAUGUUAUGUAAAUAGAAUUUGCCAUUUUUCGAUUAGCGAAUUGUUUGUGUAAUAUGAUUUAAAAUAUCAAAGAUGCCCCAAUAAUUUAUUAGUUACUAAAGUAUACUUAUAUCGGAUCGCCAUCAAGAUGUUUCGGAAUUUCAUUAAAGUUUUAGCGCCUUACAGAGAUAAAUUAAGUCGCACGGUUGUUGGUAAUGGCACUGCUUUUGAGAAAAAUUCAGUGUCCAAGGAGCAACAACUUACUGAAGCAUUGAAAAAGUCACUUCCUGGUAUUACCUAUGUGAGCGUUCAGGACAUAUCUGGAGGCUGUGGGGCUAUGUUUGAGAUUAGUAUAGAAGCUAAGGAAUUUGUGGGUUUGUCGACUGUAAAGCAACACAGGCUGGUCACUAGUUCGUUGAAAACUGAAAUUGCUGAAAUGCAUGGCAUUAGAAUUCACACAACACCUUCCUCUGAUUAGUUUUUAGUAAUAUAGAAUUAAGGCCUUUUAGUUACCUAUGCUAUUAUCUAAUUAUUUGUUCUCCUUGUAAAUAUUUUUUGUUGGUGAAAAAUAAAUGAAAAUUUAGAGCAG